GGCGAACUCCGGCGCUCACCAUCCCCUCAAAGCUCGGCCCCCUCCUGCUUCAGCGAUUCUCUCGGUUAGUCGAUGCGGCAUGCGGCACCACGCCUAAGCGCACCACCGAUCCUGCCGUCGAAUUGUAUAUCAGGGUCUGGCCGCGCCUGUCGGCCGUCAGUCAUUCACCGCCUCACUGAUUCAGCGGCGAAGGACCAGCGUCACCUGUCUCCGUCCAUAUUUCAGAUCGUCAUUUGCAGGGCAAAGGAUUUUGCUACAAAAUGUGGAAGGACAAUCACAAUUUAGUGUUUGGGUGUGGUGGCGAAGAAGAGAUUACUCAGUGACAAACAUAUGCAUUUUAACAGUGUUAACAAUGCCACCCAAUACAAGAACCAGAAAAGCCUACAAAGCUAUGAAAGAUAUGGGAAUAUCCGAAGGUUUUGUGAAACCGGCAUUGAAAAAUCUUUUGAAAAUAUAUGAAAAUGACUGGGCACACAUUGAAGAGGAGAAUUAUCGGGCACUCUCUGAUGCGGUCUUUGAAAUGGCACAACCAAAGGUAGGAGCUUUGGAAGAAGAAACUUUAUCUAAGGAGCCUGAGCAACCACGUAAGAGACCACGGUUACAAUCUAAAGAAGAUGAGAAGUCGCCUUUCAACGACGCCAGCUCCAAAUUAGCUGAGGCAUCCUCAAAUAAUCAUAAAGUGAAGGAUCAUGUUGUAUCUAAUGAUUGUUCCACCAGUGUCUCACCCGACAUGGUGGGUUCUCAUCAGGCUAGUCAUGGAGAGAAGGCUCUUCAGAUUCCUUUCUUUUCACACACAUGUGGUAGAAACAAAGAAAAGGAACCCAUUUCACCCAAAUCUUUGGGGUUGCCAGAUAAAUCUGUUUCAACUCAGCAUCAUGCCUCUAGGAGAAAUAUGUCCAAUGCAUUGAAGAAUUCUGGACCAAAGUCUAGCUCUCAUCCAAUGCGUCUUAGGGAUAGACAGAUAGAACUUCAAGCUCUUAAUUCUGCAUCCAGGAAAAAGACAUCAACACAUGCACUUUCCUCUCAUGCCUUACCCCUUCAAGAGACAAACUCUGAUACUUGUGUUGCUCAAUCCCAAGAACAGAAUGCUUCUGGUACUCAUGCUUUUAGAAAGCACAAGGAUGAGACAAUACUUGAUGAGGUGUCUGAUUUCAAGGUUCCAAUUGCUGUUUUUCCUCCUGGUGAAAUUGUGUGGUUGAGGUUUAUGCCAAGAAGAGAAAUAAUAUGCUUCCCUUUAAAGGAAAGUGACUUUAUUUGGGACAAACUAAAGAGAAAACUUGGAACCAUUUUCUGGGACAGAUGGAGUAAAUUAUUUGGGGGAAAACCUAAUGUGGCAAUGUUAUGUUCAUCAGAGUCAUCAGAUGAUGAUGGUGGUGGUGGUGGUGGUGUUCGAUGUGAAAAUGGUUUUCUUGUAGAUACCAGUGGAGCAAAGGAUGGAACCAACUGUAGAGCAACAUCUUCCAAUGAAAUGAAAACCAAUAAGAAACCGAUACAUCAACUUUCUACUCGCAAUGGUGUGGGUGACAGAGCACGACCUAAAGAAGAUGCAUCUAGGAACAGCCACUUUGAUGUUAUUGAAAAUGGUCAGAGUGUUAGUAAACAGAUGAAUCCUCCAAGUCCAGAGGUUGUGGAGUCACUUCAGUUACCUUUAGAUAAUACAAGUCCUUUAACUGAGGUUAUUGACAUCACCAAGAAACAAGAAAAAAUGAUGAUUUCAUUAGUCAAUGAAGUUAAUAACAAGCGCCCCCCAUCCUUCCACUACAUUCCUGAUAAUACAAUAUUCCGGAAUGCGUAUGUAAACAUUUCCCUGGAUCGUAUUGGGGACAAUCAUAGUUGUUUGACUUGUUCUGGGGAUUGUUUAUCGUUGCCCAUACCCUGUGCUUGCUCAUACGAAACAGGGGGUGAGUUUGCAUACACAAAAGAAGGUCUUGUCAAAGAAGAGUUUCUGAAAGAAUGUAUUUCUAUGAACCGUGACCCAGGAAAACAUUGUCAAUACUACUGCACUCAGUGCCCACUCGAAAGAGCUAAAAAAGAUGGCAUUCAUACUCCUUGCAAAGGCCAUCUAGUGAGGAACUUCAUCAAAGAGUGCUGGAAGAAGUGUGGAUGUGAUUUGCAUUGUGGCAAUCGCGUAGUACAACGAGGAAUAAGUCGAAAGUUACAGGUCUUUAUGACACCUGGAGGGAAAGGGUGGGGCCUGCGUACUCUUGAGGACUUGCCAAGAGGUGCUUUUGUUUGUGAAUAUGUGGGAGAGGUUCUUACAAAUGCCGAACUAUUUGACCGUGUUUUAAAGAGCUCUAGUACUGAGGAACACUCCUAUCCCGUGCUGCUUGAUGCUGAUUGGGCGGCUGAAGGUGUGUUAAAAGAUGAAGAAGCUCUGUGUUUGGAUGCUACUUAUUAUGGGAAUGUUGCAAGGUUUAUAAACCACAGAUGUGUUGAUUCAAAUUUGGUUGAGAUACCUGUUGAGAUAGAGACCCCAGAUCAUCACUACUACCAUCUUGCCUUCUUCACCACAAGAGUAGUUAAAGCCAGGGAAGAGCUGACUUGGGACUAUGGAAUAGAUUUUCGCCAUCGGAAGCACCCAAUCAAAGCAUUCAAAUGCCAGUGCGGGAGCAGGUUCUGCAGAAACAAGAGACGUUCUAGAUUCAAAACAAGGAGAUGAAAACGUGUUCGGCGAUCAUAUCAUUGCCUUUUGCAAAACUGAAGAGCCUGCCGUUGAAACAUUCUGGUUUUGCUGCAUCUUUUUCGCGGAUAUGUCAUGGUUUUUUUUUCUUUUUUAAAUAUUUAUUUCUUGGUGUUGGGUAGGCUACAUGUUUACUUCAUUCUUUAUUCUAGUUGUUGCACGCUGUGUGUAUAAUAAUCACCUCUAAUUUUUAUAUCAUAGAACUAGUAAGAGCACUUGCAUCAAAGUGCUAAACCUACAAACCAAGAACAAAAUAAAGCUUACAAAAGAAU